UUUGAAAUCAAACUUGCGGUCACGCUGCUGAUUGCUUUUUGUUGCUUGUUGUUGUUGGUUGGAAAAUACAAUUAAAAAUUGAUUUCGCUAUUUAAAUAUUCAACGCAUCAAGCGCUACUCAACAACAAAAAAUAACAACGCGACGGGAGGCGGCGGCAAAUAACCGAAGCAUAAAAAAAGAAGAAAAAUUUGCAAGGUGUUUGUGUGUGCGCGUAUAAGUGUGUGUGUGACAACGACGACUUUGCUGUGCUGCUUGUGCUGCUUCUUUCUGGUGCGUGCGCGCUGUCGCAGGGGACCAACUAACACACACUCAUCAAGGAAUUGCAAUCGUAUUGGUUGGUGUAUCCUUUGGCAUUUCUGCGAGCUUGGUUGUUGGUUGGGAGACGUACAAGCGAAAGAAAAAUCGCUUUUACCAAAUAAUACAAAACAAGUGCAGCUUAAGUCAGCAAAUUUUUAAAAGCAAAAAGCCACACUACCAACAUAAUGGAGAAGAGAAUAGAAUUGGAAAGACGCGCACGGAAAACAAACCAGAUCACAGAGCUGAAUCUGGACAACUGCAGGAGUACAAGCAUUGUUGGCCUUACAGAUGAAUACACCGCCUUGGAAUCAUUAAGUUUGAUCAACGUGGGCCUUACGACACUCAAAGGUUUCCCCAAGUUACCCAAUUUAAAGAAGUUGGAACUGUCCGACAAUAGAAUUUCGAGUGGCCUCAACUAUCUUACGACCAGCCCAAACAUACAAUACUUGAAUUUGUCUGGCAAUAAAAUCAAGGAUCUGGAAACAUUGAAACCCUUGGUGGAAUUCAAAAAUCUGGCUGUCUUGGAUCUAUUCAAUAACGAUGCCACCCAAGUGGACAAUUACCGCGAGAAAAUCUUCAAGAUGUUGCCGUCUUUAAACUUUCUGGAUGGAUUCGAUGCCAAUGAUGUGGAAGCACAGUCGGAUGGCGAUGAUGAUGAUGAGGUCAAUGGCAAUGACUCCGAAGAUGAAGAUGGCCGCAGUGCAUUCUGUUUAAAUGGUUUAGAGAUCGAUUUAGACGAGCUCGAAGCAUUGGAGCAGCGUGUAAAGGCCAAGAAACAGUUGCAGGAAGCGUCGGCAGCGACAGCGUCGACGGAAGACGAUGCAACUAGUGCCAACAAUGCCAGCACGUCCAACCUGCCUGACAAAGAUGAAGUUGAUGAAUUAGAUGAAUAUUUAAAAGAAUUGCAAUUGAGGGAAGCAAGCCAAGCUGUCAUUAAGUGCAAUCCUGAAACUAGAGACACCACUUCCAAUUCAAGCACAAAUUUUGCAAUAUUACUCUAUUGGUUUUUAGCAAUAUUAAAUCUGGCAAAUGCCACCUAUUUUUCGGGCGAUGAUGACGAUGAGGAAGGCGACAGCGACGAUAGCGACGAGGAAGACAAUGGCGAUGUAGCGCUCUCGGAGGUCUAUAAUGAUGAUCUAGAGGAAGACAAUUCCGAUUGGGAAGAAGGCGAGGGCGGCGAUGACGAUGAGGAUGAGGAUUCGGAUAUUGAUGAAGCCGAUGGUGAGGCAAACGAAUCGGCCGCAUCAAUCAAUGCCAAUGAAAAGGAUGGUGAUAAGCCAGAUGAAUCGCAAGCCAGGGGCAAGAAGAGAAAGCAUGAUGGUUAAAGAGAGAUGUAUGGAUCUACAAGUGUAUCGUCUUUGUACGUUAUAAAUUUAAAAAAAUAAAACACAACAAACACUCACACAUACAGCAACAAAAACACACAUCAUAUUUUGAUAAAAACAAACAAAAAAGCAAAAUAAAAAAGUAAACUUAAAGAUAAAAUAAAAAGAAGGGUCCCAUUAGAAAAACCAACAUUUGUUUCGUUACAUUUUAAGCUAAAAAAAAAUAUUCUAAAAAAGAAAAACAAAACAAGAAAAAUGCAUACAAACAAAA